AGUAGUGAACUAAUUAUUAUAUAAUUCAUUAUAAUUAAUAAACACUUAACCUUUUAAUAUGAACAGAAAAUGCUGACGAACUACAGCGGUUUAUGGGUAAACGACUUAAACCACCAAGCGUCAGAUUUUUGACGUACAUUACGAAUUGCGAAUCUCCUGCUGAAGAAGCCAGUGAGAACGAGACCAAAGAAAUGCCUUCUAAAAUAGAUUCUUUGGCGAAGGCGAAAAAAAAUAACAUGGAGGAGAAAAAAAGGAAAGAUAAGUUACAAGAAAAACUUUUCAAAAAACUUGAAAAUAAGGAUAAUGACAUGGUAAAUGUUUCGGUUCAUGAAUGGACUCAAAAAUCUUCAAGAAUAUGCGUCCUAGAACAAGAUAAUAAAACCUUAAGAAGUCAAUUAAAGGAAAAAGAUGAAAAAAUUAAAAAGCUGGAGGAAAACUUGCGCAGGUGUCAGGAAAUUGUCGAAAACCAAUUAAGUGAAGUACUUGAGAACACAAAACAGUCUUCGCUUAAAGGAACUUCUAAUAAAAUGGAGAUAAAUGAAAUUCCGAAGGGAAAAGUGAACCUCGGGUACGGUGUACUUGUUGACGAAUUAGCACUACAAUUUCUAAAAACCAGGAGUAAAAUUUAUACACCUUCCAUUAUAGCGCGGCAGUUAGUUCUCUUGAUAUUCGACAACGAAGAAAUUAUAAAUAGCAGCAUAAGUGGCAAACAAUGCAAUUUAAACAAACAUAAAAAUUAUUCCAAUCGUCAACAGCUGAAUCAAUUAAAAUAUAUGGCUUUACGAGAUGAGUUCGAACGGAUUUUAAAAGACGUGAAGAACAUGAAAGAAGCAGACGUAGAAAAAGAACUCAGAAAAUUAAAUUUUAAUGUGGCGAAAAAAAUUAAUUAUGAAAGGGACCAACUUCUGAAGAAUGGAGAGUUUAAAGAAACAUCGACAAGUAACUUAAUUUCAAAUUUGGAAAAUGUCCAUCCUUCCACUCAAGAUUCAUUUAUUGAGUUACCAUUGUCACCUUCUGUCAGUAAUGACGAUUGUGGAAAGGAAAUUUUUUCGAAUUCUAAAAUUAUGUUACUUCCAGAAGCGAAAAACAGAGUGUCUGUCAUAAGAAGAAUAAGUGACUUUGAUAAAUUACCUAGCAAUGACAACGAAGAAUUACUUGAAGUAAGAAAUGAAUCUUAUGCUAUAAAACCAAAUGGUAAACCACAGCCUGUAAACAUUAAAGUGUUUCUACCAAAGAGAAAAAUUUUUGACUACAUGGAGGAUAACACACAAUUGCCAUAUAAAAAAUAUAAAUUGUCAGAAAUGAUGCCAUUGAUUAAUAAUAAUAUUUUCAGUUACUAAUUUUUUUAAUUUGGUAGUUAAAUUAAAGCAAUUUGUUAAAAUUACAAUUAAACAACUGUUAUUUUGUUUAAAAUUUUAAUUUCAUAAAAUUUUUCGUUUUUUAUAACUCUCUGUAGAAGAAGCCCCCUGUAAAUUUGAAAUUGAUCGGUAAAGUAGUUUCUGAAAAAUCUUGGACACCGAAAAGAAAGUAUAAAAUUUUUUUUAAAGGGAGAAAGAAUACUUUAUAACACAUUUUUAUUAUAGAAAUAUUAGAAAUCUUUUAAUUUACAAAAAUAUUUGUAAAUUAUAUUAAAUAAUUAAAAUCAAAAUCCUUAAUUUUACUUCAACGAUACUGUAUCACAAUGUUAAUCAUGAGUGUGUCCAGCAAGAAGUAAAAAAAAUUCCCUGACAUUUUCCUAACCUUCUUCCAACUUUGCUCUAAUAAAUAUUUAAUAUUAAAAAAAUGGAAAGUAUUAAAUAUUAAAGUAUUUUUAAGAUAAUAAAAACAUUUUAUUUAUUAGCAUUAUAAACUUUUUCUUUAACCGAAAAAUUUAAAAAGUUCAUAAAAAUGUUCAUUUUUAACAAAUUUUUAAAAAGUUCUCUAACUUUUAAUUAAAUUCCCUGAUAUUCCAUGACUUUUCCCUGACUAAAAAGUUUCCCUGACCGCUGGACACCCCGAUUAUUGUAAUUAUACUUUAAAAAUAUAUUGAUCGCAUUUAUUAAAAUAAUAGCUGUUUAUAUUAGUUGUAAAAACUAAUUCAUUUUAGGAA